UGUUUUACUUCCGGUGUUGGUAAAUAUCCCGAAACACAACAUUUAUUUCCCUCAAAGUGUGAUUAAAAUACGUGAAAAUCUUGUCAGCUCAAGUGCAGACGUGGGCUUUGUCCGAGGGAAGAGUUGAUAUUAGUGUGGCAAGGCAACUGUAAAGACACAUGGCGGCUCCCGUUAAAAGUGGGAAGUUCUGCAGCCUGUUCAAAGUGACAAGAAAAGAAGAAAGGAUGCAGUAUUGUGUUUGCAGCGUGCGUGCGGUGCGGAGGCGAUAAACCACAUGUGACAUCACGGCAGCAGACAUUCAACAUUGUCCCAGCGAGUCUUCUUGUCUUUUCCUCCUGUCUUUCAGCUCCUCACAGGACAAAAUAAAGAAGGCAGUGGUGGAUAAAGAUCGCCUGUCGUCAUGGCUGCUGUCUUUUUAUUGAGGCUGUGGAGCCUCACGCUGCUGCUUCAAGCAGCGACCUCCUUGUGCGGCGUCACCUGCUACACCGACUACAGCGCUCUGCUCAACUGCUCCUGCACUUCUGUGCCGUCACAGGAGCUCCGCCUCCAGGUCAACUGCAGUGACGGAGAACUUCACCUGGUGGACAGCUGUCAGGUCAGGCCGCCUCAGUCCUGGUGCGUCAUGUACACGGAAGAGCUCUAUGACAUCGCCGCCAUCGGGACCACGUGCACGACCAGCGUCAAGCGUAGUGGGGGGGCGGCAGACGACGUCACUGCCUGUCAAUCAUCUAGAUGGGCGCUGAGUGACGCUGUCAAACCUGGAGCACCUUCCAACGUGCGGGUGCUGAGCGCCGGGGAAUGGUACAACAUCACGUGGGACGAAGGCAGCACCAGAAUGGACACAAGUCUGGUCUACAGGCUGCACAUCCGAGCAAACCAAGGCCUCCCACAGCUUCUAGAACGUUCCUUCCCAGUGGAUGAAAAGUUCCUCCUGUUGGAACGCAGGGAGCUGCCCCUCAAUGUGAGGUUGAGUGUGGAGGUUCAGGCCAAAAUGGCUCCAGGUAGCCCCUCUCAGGGUCCGUGGAGCGAGUGGAGCUCCAGGACUGAGUGGACAACAACUCCCUUGGACGCUGCAGAUGAAAAUGUUUUGGACACUGAAAAGAAAAGAUCCUGGCUGUACAUCCUCCUGCCUGUCCUGAUCCUCACUGCUGUGUUCUUCUUGGGGCUCGCCCACAAACCCUUGUUGCUGAAAAAACUCCAGCUGAGUACGUACGUGUCCAAGCCGCAUGACUUCUUCAAGCCCCUCUACCUCAACCACGGGGGCGACUUCAAGGAGUGGGUGAAGCCGGGGUUUAGUGAACAGGACUUCUUGGGCAGUAAGUCCCAGGUGGACACGAGCACCAAGCAGCAGUGGAGCUGCCACCAAAGCCCAAAUGAGGUAGAAUCGGAAGGACGUCUCCUUUCUGACGUCCUCGCUCAAAAGGACACGCCCCUGCUGCCUUUAGCAGACGGCGACAGUGCGCAGAGUAGCGGCCUUUCCUUCGGACAUGUGUCCAUCCACACGGUGACUGUGUCUGGGGAGGAAGACUUUGACAAAGACACGUCAUGGAGCUCGCUGGGAAGUGACGACGGGUCUGCAAACUACAGAGAGCUGCUGGGCUGCCAUCACGUGUUCCAGGUGGACAAACUCAACGGGUCCUUGCAAGAUGACCGAGUCGACGACGCUUUGCUCAGAGAACCGGAGAGGAUCUCACUGGCCUCCGACCAGAAGUCAGAGGACAGCUACCCUUGUGUGGACCUGGACACCGUGGACAGUGGUUACGGAGAGUGUGGAUGCCCCUCGGACUCCAACUCGGGAGAGACUCCACAUUUUGUACACGGGCAGCAAACAUCACCAUCCAACUACAGGAAACAGUGGAUGAUGUGUCGCACCGCCGGAGAAGACAAUCUGCAUUGAAUGUCUUUGUUAAUGGAGAGUAUGUCCGUAAUAGUGUGUAUCAUAAAGAGUGAAGAGACGGUUCAUGGUACGAACCCCAAAAGCAGGGAAGUUGUCACCUUGUGUAAAUGGUAAAUAAAAACAAUGGUUUGCAAAUCCUCUUCAACUUAUAUUCAAUUGAAUAGACUGCAAAGACAAGAUAUCUCAUGUUCACACUGAGAAACUUUGUUCCUUUUUGCAAAUAUUAGCUCAUUUGGAAUAUGAUGCCUGCAACAUGUUUCAAAAAAGCUGGCACAAGUGGCAAAAAAGAGUGAUAAAGUUGAGGAAUGCUCAUCAAAGACUUAUUUGGAACAUCCCACAGGUGAACAGCCAUCAAAAGGUUAAGAGAAUGUGGAGAAAUCACUGCAUGUAAGCCACGAUAUUACGCACCUUGGAUCCCUCAGGGACUACUGCAUCAAAGUGCCACAUCAGUGUGUGAAGGAUAUCACCACAUUGGCCCUGGAACACUUCAGAACACCACUGUCAGUAACUACAGUUGGUCGCUACAUCUGUAAGUGCAAGUUAAAACUCUACUGUGCAAAGCCAUUUAUCAACAACACCCAGAAACGCUUUGCUGGGCCCGAGCUCAUCUAGAUGGACUGAUGCAAAAUGUAAAAAGUCAUUUUGGAAACUGUGGACGUUGUGUCCUCCGGACCAAAGAGGAAAAGAACCAUCCGGACUGUUCUAGGGCGAAAGUGUUCUAGGCAGCAUGUGUGAUGGUAUGGGGGUGUAUUAGUGCUCAAGGCAUGGCUAACUUACACAUCUGUGAAGGCACUAUUAAUGCUGAAAGGUACAUACAGGUUUUGGAACAACAUAUGUUGUUAUCAUGGACGCCCCUGCUUAUUUCAGCAAGACAAUGCCAAGCCACAUGUUACAACAGCGUGGCUUCAUAGUAAAAGAGUGCUGGUACUAGACUGGCCUGCCUGUAGUCCAGACAUUGAAAAUGUGUGCAGGCUAAAAUAUGAGGCAGGAGACUGUUGAACAACUUAAGCUGUACAUCAAGCAAGAAUGGGAAAGAAUUGCACUUCAAAAAUGUGUCUCCUCAGUUCCCAAACCUGCACUGAGUGUUGUUCAAAGGAAAGGCCAUGUAACACACUGGUAAAAAUGCCUUUUUUUACAUGUGUUGCUGCUAUUACAUUCUAACUGCAUGAUUAUUUGCAAAAAGAACAAUGUUUGUCAGUGUGAAGAUGAAAUAUCUUGUCUUUGCAGUCUAUUCAAUUGAAUAUAAGUUGAAAAUGAUUGUUUGUAGUCUCUUUUUUUUAACCAUUUACACAAUGUGACAACUUCACUGUUUUUGACUUUUGUCUCUCAAAGAAAAAUGGAAUGGUUUCCCAAAGCCGUUAUUUUAGUAAGUUACUGCUGUACUUGACACAUGUACUCAUUUGACUUCCUGUUCAUGUGUCAUAAAAGGGGACUGUAAAGGAAUGUAGUGAUGGGACACUUUCAAAUAUAUAUUUUGUGGAAAUUGUAUAUAUAUAUAAAAAACACACAUUCCUGCAAACUCCACACAGAGAUGUUGCAGCCGCCAUUGUCAAAGUGUGAAGAUGACUGCCAACCAAAGGGUGUUCAAAGUGUGGUUCACAGCUACGUUUUUAACAGCCAUUCUGAAAGUUCUGUUCCAAACAUGAAGAGGUGGAACAAAAGAACCAACAGGUGUAAUGUAACUUAAGUAACACGAUGUAACUUAAGUAACACAAAGUAACUUAAGUAACACAAAGCUGCCAUGCAGCCUGUUUUUGUCUUUAACACUGUUAUUACUCCAAAAAUAAUAAUGAAUCAAAAUCACUCUUGUUGUGAACUAUUGACCUCUUCAAGGCUCCAAAUACUUCACAUCAAAUAUUCUACUUUCAUUUUUUAGGGGGGGGAAAUAUUGCAUAUUUUGUAUGGUUGCCAUAUUAAAAAAACAAAGCUUUAUAUGACAAAAAGGGCAUAAAACAAACAAGAAAAAAAAUGAAAAAAAUAAUAAAAGCUUAUUAUUUUAUAAGCUUGAUGGAUGGAUCUGAAGUUGAUCCGAGACUUCAUGUGAAAGUUGAAAAAAAAUGUAUGAUUUAUUUUUAACACUUUUGUAAGUGGAACCCGGACAAUUUUUAGUGAGUGACUUAAUUUUAACAUUUUUGGAUUUCCGAGAAUUUCAGAGUUUGGCAUUGCUCAAAAAAUAAUAAUGAAUCAAAAUUAAUGUUGUUUUGAAUUUUCCACCUAUUUUAGGCUUUAAUUACUUCACAUCAAAUAUUCCACUUUGAAAUAUGUAUAUAUAUAUUUUUGGGUGGGAGGGAGUUUUCUUUGGCAAAAACAGCAUAAAACAAAACAAAAAAAGAAUAAAAACUUCUAAUGGAAGGAUAGAUAUGAAGUUGAUCUACAGCAGCGGUUCUCAAACUUUUUCUCCAAAUAGCACCCCAGACAACACUUGGCUUUCCAAGUAGCGUAGUAGACCUAAGUAUUCAUUAAGUACCACCAUAAUGACAACAUUAAACUUUCACAGUAUCAUGUUAGACCCGCUUGACAUCCAUUGCUUUCGGUCCCCUAGAGGGGGGCUGCCCACAUUUGAGGUCCUCUCCAAGGUUCUCAUAGUCAUCAUUGUCACUGGGUGUGAGUUUUCCUUGCCCUUAUGUGGGUUCUUCUGAGGAUGUUGUAGUUGUAGUGGUUUGUACAGUCCUUUGAGACAUUUGUGAUUUAGGGCUAUAUAAAUAAACAUUGAUUGAUUGAUUGAUUGAUACAAAAGUUAUAUCGACAGAUAGAUCUAACGUUGAUCUGGAGAGAUUUAAAUGUUGAAUGAAAAGAAAAACGUAUUUUUAACAUUUGUGUGAUCGAGCCCCUUCUGGUCGUUGGGACCAAAAUUGAGGGGAGCACUAAGGGUGA